CUGUCAGUCUGUCUGCCCCCCGCCUCUGUCCGUCCCUGCUCCUCCCUGGGCCCCGUCCCCGCCUGUCCGUCUGUCCCUCGCUGCCUGUGUCCAUUCCCGUCCGUGUGUCCGUGUGUCCGUCUGUCCCCCAAUCCUCUCCCCGUGUAUCAUCCCCGUGACUCGGCGUCCGUGUGUCCAUCCCCGCGUCCCUGUCCCCGUGUCCCCGUGUCCGUGUGUCCAUCCCCGUGUCCGUGUGUCCAUCCCCGUGUCCGUGUGUCCACCCCUGUGUCCCUGUCCCCGUGUCCGUGUGUCCAUCUCCUCUCCCGUGUGUCCCGGUGUCCCCCUGUCCAUUCUUGUCCCCGUGUCCGUGUGUCCAUCCCUCUGUCCCUGUGUCCAUCCCCGUGUCCCCCAUGUCCCCGCGGUGGCUCCUGUCGCUGCUGUCGCUGCUGUCGCUGCUGUCGCCGCUGUCGCCGCUGUCGCCGCUGUCGCUGCUCCCGGGGGUCCCGGGGGGGGGUCCCGGGGGGCUCCCGCCCCUCCCCCUCCCGGACGGGCGCAGCCGGGUCCUGCCCGCGACCCCCGGGACCCUCCCGGGGCUGCGGCGGCGCUUCCCGGUGCUGGCGCUGCUGGGGACGGCGGGGCGGCGGGGACAGCGGCCCGAGGAGCUGGCGGCGCUCGAGCUGGUCGCGCAGGCUCUGGAGCCCCGCGGGGUCGGGCUCGGCCUCGUGGACACCGAGCGGGACCCGGAGCUGGCGCGGGAAUGGGGGCUGGCCGGGCCCGCCCGCCUGUUGCUGCUGCGGGGCGCGGCCGUGACCGAGUACCGGGGGGAGCUGGCGGCCGCGGAGCUGCUGCGGUUCCUGAGCCAGGCGCUGGGACCCCCCGUGCGGGUGGUGGCGGCGGGGCCGCAGCUGCGACACUUCGGGGACAUCGAGGAGGAGCCGAAAGUCAUCGGGUUCUUCCGGGGGCGGGGCUCGGAGGCUUUCCAGGCUUUCUCCUCCGCCGCCCAGCGCUUCCACCCCUCCCUCCUCUUCUUCGCCACCUUCGACCCCCAGGCAGCUGAGGAGCUGGGGCUGGGGCUGAACCAGGUCCAUCUCUACGAGCCCUUCCUGGAGCAGCCCCGGAGCUUCUGGGGGGACCCCGGGGACCCCUCGGGGGUCGCAGAGUUCCUGGGGAGCAGCAAGAGGGCCACUCUGCGGAAACUCAAAGCUCAGAGCGUGUCCGAGAGCUGGGAGCUGCGGGACGGGACCCACAUCGUGGCGUUCGCCGAGGGGCACGACCCCGACGGGUUCGAGUUCCUGGAGAUCCUGAGGGAGGUGGCGCAGGACAAGAGGGACGAUCCCGACUUCAGCAUCCUCUGGAUCGACCCCGAGGAGUUCCCGAUGGCCCGCAGCGUGUGGCUGGACAUGCAGGACGAGGACGAUCUGCCGGGGCCUGAGGAGGUGCUGGAGUGGCUCGAGGACGUUCUGGAGGGGGACACUGGGGACACUGGGGACACUGGGGACACUGGGGACAGCGAUGGUGACGAUGGUGAUGGAGAACAUGGAGAUGAAAAUGAUGAUGAGGAUGAAUAUGAUGAAGAUGAUGAGGAUGAAGAUGAUGAGGAUGAAGAUGAUGACCAUGAUGACAAUGAAGAUGAUGGCGAUGACAACGGUGACAAUGACAAUGACUGAUAAUGACGACAGUGAUGAUGGUGACAAUGACAAUGACAGUGAAGACAAUGAUGACAAUGACAACGACUGAUUAUGACAACGAUGAUAAUGAUGACAUUGAUGAUGAUGAUGAUGAUGGUGACAAUGAUGAUGAUGACAAUGACAAUGAAGAUGAUGAUGAUGAUGGCAGUGAUGAUGACAAAGGCAAUGACGAUAAUAAACAAUGAUGAUGGUGACAAUGACGAUGAUGAUGACAAUGAUUAUGACAAUGAUAAUGAUGAUGACAAUUAUAACCGUGAUAAUAAUGACAAUAAUGAUGAUGAUGAUGAUGAAAACUAUGUCAAUGAUGAUGACAAUUACAGUGAUGAUGAUGAUGAUGGACAAUGAUGAUGGUGACAAUGACGAUGACGACGAUGAUGAUUACAACAAUGAUGAUAAUGGUAAUGACAAAGACAAUUAUAACAAUUCUAAUAAUAAUGACAAUAAUGAUGAUGAUGAUGAUGAUGAUGAUGAUGAUGAUGAUGACGAUAACGAUGAUGAUGAUGAUGAUGAUGAUGAUGAUGAUGAUGACGAUGAUGAUGAUGAU